AUCUUCCGUAUCGAUUUUAAGUAGCCGGCCGACAGGAGCUCGCUCGCGUUCCCACGAGAGCUUCGCAGCACAUUUGCGGUCGCGAUGCAGUCGCAUUAACCUGUGUUUUAAACCGGGGCCAGCAAUAGUGCAGUUUCGAGCUAGCGCCGGCUAGAUUGGUUAGCACAGGCGACGAGCUAAACACGCAGUAUAAUGAAUCAUGUAUUUGUACUUGGUCUGUUGGUUCGCUGCAGGUCUGUUAUGUUGACGUCGGUAGCUCUGGACACAGUUCUGACCUGGCCGACUCCUACGUACAUUUACCUUCAUUGUCCCUCCACACAAUCGACUUCUGUGAAUACGAGCACAACAACCGCACCGCCUAGUCGUUCGAAGAAGCGACUCAGCCUUUGAAAAGUGUGCAUGCCUCAUGGGGCACUGAUGUGAAGAGCAGUGCCAGAAGGUGUGUGCAGUAUCAGAAUGGAUGGACAGACUCAACGGAUUCAGCUUGUGUCGGCGGACAACAACAUGGCUUUAGGACACAGGAUCCAGAUUGUAACAGAUCAGCAGACUGGCCAGAAGAUCCAGAUUGUCACAGCACUUGAGCCAUCUUCCCCUGGAAAGCAGCAGUUUAUUCUAGCAAAUGCUGAUUAUUCCCCUGGUGGCAAGGUGAUCCUGACCAAGCAGGAGGGCUCACCCAACAAGGUCAUUCUCACGACUCCAGACGGCUCUGGGGUUAACCAGCUGCUGUUUGCCUCCCCUGAACUGGCUGGGCAGCAGAUUCAGUUUGUGACCGAAGGCUCAGACCAGUCUAUUGUGAAGCCAGUUGUGGAGUACUGUGUCGUUUGUGGGGAUAAGGCCUCAGGGCGUCAUUACGGAGCUGUCAGCUGUGAGGGCUGCAAGGGCUUCUUCAAACGCAGCAUUAGGAAAAACCUGGUGUACACGUGCAGGGGCUCCGGAGAGUGUGCCAUCAACAAGCUUCACCGAAAUCGGUGCCAGUACUGUCGACUGCAGCGCUGCAUGGCUCUGGGCAUGAAACAAGAUUCUGUGCAGUGUGAGAGGAAGCCUGUUGAAGUGACCAGAGAGAAGUCUGUCAACUGUGCUGCCUCCACUGAGAAGAUCUACAUCCGCAAGAACCUGUGUAGCCCUCUGGCUGCCACACCUACUUUUGUAUCCGACAAGGAAACUGCGAGGUCUACAAGUUUGCUUGAGUCGAGCAUGUUGCUUAACAUCCAACAACCAUUCUCCAAGUUGGAAAAUACCAUCCUGGUCCCGGCAUCGCCUGACAAGCAGGACGACCCGUGUCAAGGUGACCUUGGUACGCUGGCAAAUGUGGUGACUUCCCUCGCUCACCUCAACAAGACCAGGGAGGCGAGUGACAGCAGCAACGACAUGAUGGGAGUCGAAACUCUAAGCAAUGGCGACAGCUCGAUGACAGACCUCCAAGGAGAUGAGCAAAGUGCAAGUGAUAUCACGCGAGCUUUUGACACCCUGGCUAAAGUCCUGCACCCUGGUGACGGCUCAGCAGGGGACUCCUUGGAGGCCACAAUGCAGCUGAUGUCCGGGGACCAGUCGGGCCCCGUGGUGGAGUUGGAGGGACCUCUACUCUCUGACAGUCAUAUCCCUUUCAAGCUUAUGAUGCCUUUGCCCGUGCCGGAGUACCUCAAUGUCAACUACAUCUGUGAAUCAGCUUCCCGUUUACUCUUUCUCUCUAUGCACUGGGCACGCUCCAUACCUGCCUUUCAAACCCUUGGUGGUCAAGACAAUGACAUUAACUUGAUGAAGGCCUGCUGGAAUGAACUGUUUGCCCUGGGUCUGGCGCAGUGUUCCAACAUAAUGAAUGUUGGUACCAUCUUAAGUGCCAUUAUCAACCAUCUGCAGACCAGCUUACAGGAAGAGAAGCUGUCCCCAGAUCGAGUUAAACUUGUCAUGGAGCACAUCUGGAGGAUGCAGGAGUUCUGUAACAGCAUGUGCAAGCUGUCCCCAGACUCUUAUGAAUAUGCCUACCUCAAAGCCAUCAUUCUCUUUAGUCCUGAUCACCCAGGCAUAGACAACACCCCACAGAUCGAGAGGUUCCAGGAGAAGGCCUACAUGGAGCUGCAGGACUAUGUCACCAGGACCUACCCUGAAGACUCCUAUCGGUUGUCCAAGCUGUUGCUGCGCCUUCCUGCCCUCAGGCUGAUAAGUGCAGCUGUCACCGAGGAGCUGUUUUUCGCUGGGCUCAUCGGCAACGUGCAGAUUGACAGCAUCAUCCCUUACAUCCUCAAAAUGGAGUCCACUGAUUAUAAUAGCCAGGCGGUCUCUGGUGUCUGACACCCGACUGGACUUUUUUCAAAGAGAGACAUUUGGACUGUGAGGACAGCCAACCUCCCAGAGUGCUUUGCAGACAGAGUUGUCGUAACAUGCUCUACCAAUGACACAGCCUCCUGUGUGACUUUUCACUUUACCUUGCUCCAACGUCGGAGUUUUCAGUAAACACUCAUAAAGAGGAUAAAUUAAAUCAACUCCAACAGCAAGCCCCGCCAGUAUGUGCCCCUUCAGGAACGAACCCUUGAAACCUGCAUAGUAGAUUGUGCUUUUUAUUGUACAUAGUAUUUUAUGCUUCAUUCUCUCCAAGCGUUUCCUUUUCUGCAGAUCUUGUUUGUACUUUGAAGUAAUCUGAAUUGUUUUGUUUUUUUCACUGCUUUCCUAUAUGGCCAUGCUUAUUUUUUCUUUUUUUUUCAUUUUCUAAUAAUUAUGAGGAAAAAAAGAGUUGUCAUAAUGUGAACCGAUUUGUGAGAUGUUGUUAUUGCUAAAGGUUAUAACCUUUAUUUCUUAUUUGUUAGCCAAUCCAAAGGAUAUGGCUUCAUCACUUGUCAACUAUUUGAGACGGAUGAUUCACAUGAAUCUGAAGUAAUUGUGUAUAUAGAUUUGUAUAUAGAAUGCACCAAGAAGGCCAUAAACGGCGGCCCUUGGUAAAUCAAGGAUUCAAUGUUUUGGAUGAACUAAUGUGGACGGAAAAUCAUGGUCAAGUUAUUUGACAAUAAAAACAUCUUUCAAAGAUGA